AUGGUACCUUCACCUAAAAUGCCACCCAAGUAUAACUUUUUCAGGGGACACCCUUCUCCAUACUUGCUGCCAACAAAAGAGGUGCUGGAGGCCACGACGAAAGUAUAUAACCGUGUCAUAGAGAAUGAAAACUGCUACGACGACGUUUUCAACAGGCAUCCAUUGCAAUAUGGUCUUGGACUGGGAAACGAGGAGGUGAGACAGGCUAUAGCGGACUGGAAUAACCGCUGCUUCGAGAUGGAUGUGCGCUCUGAGGCAAAUUGCAUCAACCUGAGUAAUGGUGCCAGUUAUGGAGUUAUGAAUAUUCUUGCCCAGACCACUUCGCCGCACAACGGUAUAACCAGGAGAGCAUUUUUGGUUACCCCCACAUAUUUCCUUAUCAAUUCGACCUUCAUCGAUGCCGGUUUUGGGGGCAAGCUAACGGGUAUUGAGGAGCUUUCCGAUGGCCAGCUGGACUUGGACGAGUUUGCCAGCAAGCUGCAGUACUAUGACUCGCUUGAAGAAAUAAAGCCACCAAGACCAGAAGAUUUGGAAGCCAUCCAGCAUCCAUCAAAAGUGCAAAAAAAGGUUUACAGAUACGUUCUAUAUUUGACUCCCACCUUUUCAAACCCAAGAGGAGGCACUCUGACGCUCGCUACAAGACACAAACUAAUUGAGUUGGCAAGAAAACACGAUGUCUUGAUUAUUUGCGACGACGUGUACGAUCUUCUCAGUUAUAAGAGUGAUAAAUUGGUUCCUCGUCUUGUCUACUGCGACAAGCAGACUUUGACCGACACUCAAGCGUACGGCAACACCGUCUCCAACGCAACUUUCUCAAAACUGGCCGGCCCGGGGCUUCGUGUUGGUUGGCAGGAAACCGUGUCGCCAAAGUUGGUAACACAGAUACACUAUGGUGGAGCAAAUAUCUCCGGUGGAGCUCCGUCUCACACAAACAGCGUUAUAAUCGGUGAAAUGGUGAAGACGGGGGCAAUGGAUAAUAUUGUCAACAAUCUUUGCGAAGUUUACUCAGAGAGGGCGCUGGCUUUGAAAGAGGCUGUUGAGAAAUACAUGCCAAGGGGCACCAGAUUGGAUGGUGGCGAUGGUGGCUACUUUGUUUGGAUAACUUUACCGGAUGGUUAUGACUGCCGAGUUAUAUGUGAAAUGGCAGCUAAACAGGGACUCAUUCUGGCCAAUGGAGACCACUUUGAAGUUGUGGGAGACUCUCGUGGAUGGGGGGCACAGGCAGCACGUCUAUCCAUCAGUUUCUUAUCCAAGACCACCAUAGUGGAGGGCAUCAAACUCUGGGGUAAUAUUUGUAAGACCUAUAACCAGCUAUAA